GGCAAGUUCUGGUAGUUUUCUUAUCCCGACAAUCACCACCUGUUACAGAACCAAUCAAAAAGGUAAAUAAAUACAUACUGAAAGUAGGACACUUACCAAAUCUUUGUUGAUAGAACGACGAGGCCUUUAGGCCCAAUUGGCGAUUCAAGGGAGGUAACUUUAAAGCGAUGAUAAAUACUCAUGACAUAGUAGCGGGACGUAGAAACCGCAUGCGCGACGUAAUCUUACUGGGAAUAUCAACAACUGAUAGGGACUGUGCUAAGAGGUUUUGUUAUCACCAGUGGCGUCGUAAUUAUCAGCUGGACGUAGGUCUACACUCUCUUGAUCUUAAAACUUUGCCCUGCGUGAGCCUCUCGCCCAGCAUCGUCCCACUUACAUACCGGGAGGCCGAACAAUCAGGUCAUCGUGCCACGCCACAAUUUUAGUGCAACCGACGUUCUUCGACAGUUCUGUCACUUCUUCCAGCAAGCAGCUAGCAUCCACUUAAUUGGGAAGCAAACCCAGGGACUGUACGGGAAAGCUUUGCAGUACCUCACCGUCUACAUAAGCCAUGAAAAGGGUCACACUGCCAGGCUCAGACCUCAGUGUCUCGCCGGUAUGUAUAGGCUGCUGGCAGUUCAAUGACGGGAAGGACACGGUGAACUGGGACGCUCAGCCGCAGGAGGUCUCAAAACAGGUGGUAGAGAAGGCGCUGGAAGUUGGAAUAAACUUCUUCGACACUGCGGAGGGUUACAGUGGAUCGGAAGAAGUUUUAGGAAGAAGUUUACGUGGCAGACGACAGGACGCCAUCAUCGCCACCAAAUAUGGCUUUCGUGAAGGUCCGUCAACACAGCCUUACACAGCCGUCCAGGUGGAGGAGGCGAUAGAGAGGAGCCUGAAGAAAUUGGAGAUGUCCUACAUAGACUUGUUACAGAUACACUUCCCAAGUUUUGUGGCGGACAUCGGCGAAACAAUCAAGGAACUUGAUCGACAGGUAUCUCUGGGCAAGAUCCGGUAUUACGGCGUGUCCAACUACGGCCCCAAAAACUUAAGGGAGUUUUUUGAUGCUGGAGGAAAACCAAUUUCUAAUCAGCUAUGUUAUAAUUUACUAUGGCGGUCAAUCGAAAACGAGGUGCUUCCAAUAUGUCGGGAGAAAAACAUGAGUAUUCUCGCCUACUCACCACUGCAGCAGGGUUUACUGUCUGGUCGUUUUAAAAAUGCCGAAGAUUUCCCAGAAGGAAGACGCCGUGGAAAACUGUUCGGAAAGGACAGCACAAAGCUGUCUCGCCAUGGACAAGAUGGUGCCGAAAAGGAAGUUUUCCAGGCCCUGGAGGCGAUCCGAAAGGUUUGCGACAGGGAGAGCAUCCCGAUGGCACGUGCGGCGUUGUCAUGGGUGAUACAGCAGCCCAGCGUCCCCGUUGUCAUAGUCGGCGCGCGCACACCGGAACAGGUUGUGGAGAACAGCAAAGUCGUCACGCUCAAACAGGAAGUCCUCGACGAGUUGGCCUCGGUCACAGAAGAUGUUAAGAAGGCUGUUGGCUCCUCCCUCGAUCAGUGGGCCCACCCAGACCGAUGUCAAUAGAAAACUGGCCCAAUACACCCCCC